CACCAUUAGUGAGGCCUCACACCCCGCGCUGCAAGUUCGGGGCUGGAGGCGUCCCGGCUCCCUCCCUCCUGGAGGCGGGCCCGGUCCCGCCCCCGCGCUCGGGGUCGCUCCCAGCGGCCCCGCCCACCUCCUACUCCUGGCCUCCCCCGGCGCAGCUCACUCCCCGCCGCCCGCAGCCUGACACGCCGCGCGGCCCCCCAGUCUUCUGUGGCCGCCUCCCCCAGGCAUGGCACAGGGCCUCUCCUCACUAUGGCAGCAGCAAGGCACAGCACCCUGGACUUCAUGCUCGGCGCCAAAGCUGAUGGUGAGACCAUUUUAAAAGGCCUCCAGUCCAUUUUCCAGGAGCAGGGGAUGGCAGAAUCGGUGCACACCUGGCAGGAUCAUGGCUAUUUAGCAACCUACACAAACAAAAAUGGCAGCUUUGCCAAUUUGAGAAUUUAUCCACAUGGAUUGGUGUUGCUGGACCUUCAGAGUUACGACAGUGAUGCACAGGGCAAAGAAGAAAUUGACAGUCUUUUGAACAAAGUAGAAGAAAGAAUGAAAGAAUUGAGUCAGGACAGUACUGGGCGAGUGAAGCGAUUACCUCCCAUAGUUCGAGGAGGGGCCAUUGACAGAUAUUGGCCUACUGCUGAUGGACGCCUGGUUGAGUACGACAUAGAUGAAGUAGUAUAUGAUGAAGAUUCUCCUUAUCAGAACAUUAAAAUUCUACACUCGAAGCAGUUUGGAAAUAUUCUUAUCCUCAGCGGGGAUGUUAAUCUGGCAGAGAGUGAUCUGGCGUAUACCCGGGCUAUCAUGGGCAGUGGCAAAGAAGAUUACACUGGCAAAGAUGUGCUGAUUCUAGGAGGCGGAGAUGGGGGUAUAUUAUGUGAAAUAGUCAAACUGAAACCAAAGAUGGUCACUAUGGUAGAGAUUGACCAAAUGGUGAUUGAUGGAUGUAAGAAAUAUAUGCGAAAAACAUGUGGUGACGUCUUAGACAAUCUUAAAGGAGACUGCUAUCAGGUUCUAAUAGAAGACUGUAUUCCAGUACUGAAGAGGUACGCCAAAGAAGGGAGAGAGUUUGAUUAUGUGAUUAAUGAUUUGACAGCUGUUCCAAUCUCCACAUCUCCAGAAGAAGAUUCCACAUGGGAGUUUCUCAGAUUGAUUCUUGACCUCUCAAUGAAAGUAUUGAAACAGGAUGGGAAAUAUUUUACACAGGGGAACUGUGUUAAUUUGACUGAAGCCUUGUCACUCUAUGAAGAACAGCUCGGGCGCCUCUAUUGUCCUGUGGAAUUCUCAAAGGAGAUCGUCUGUGUCCCUUCAUACUUGGAAUUGUGGGUAUUUUACACUGUUUGGAAGAAAGCUAAACCUUGAAGAUGAAUAUCCCCUAAUCAUGUGUGCUGCAAACAGCUUUCCUGACCUCUGAAUGCUGUACAUGACAUUAAAAAGAGUCGGGCAAUUGAUUGUGAACUCCUUAAAGUUUCUCUUCUUUUAAUUAUUAUUUUUAAUUUAAAAAAGCAAAUGAAAAAUGUAUAUUUUGAUGAGCUAGGGUGUUAUUUUUGGAAAGUCAGCUGAAGGGCAAUUAGAUAGUACAGCAAAGACUGCGAAGUGCACUGACCCUAGAAUGUGAUUUUUGUUACUUUUUAGUUCUGUGUGGGUUUUUUUGUUUUUUUUUUUUCUUUUUGUUUUAGUUUUGGUAGACCUAAAUUUGGAUGUUUGGAGGAAUGAACAUCAUUUUUUUUUGUUCUGGAGGGAAGUUCUUGGUUUGAUUUCUUUCCCCCAAAAUGGAUUUAAAUAUCAAAAUUUGGUGCUUAUAAGAAAGUUAAAAAAUGAAUAGCAAUGCUUCAAUUAAAAUAACAAAGGAGACA